AUGGCAUAUCGAGAUGAUCGAGCUGAGGAGCCCUUCCAGCCAUACGAGCCGUAUCACCCUACCGGUGCUGCGGUUCCAUCGCAAAGACCCGCGACAAACCAGUCCUACCUGAGCCAUCGCGUCUCUGCCAUGACGCUUUAUGACGAUAACCCUUAUGAUCCGGCGAUACAUCCCCAGCUUCAAGGCCGCGAAUCCAUGGUUUCGCUCAAUUCUUAUGCCGGUCAUGCGAGCCCACCGCAACCCGAAUUCGACGGACAUUCAUAUGCUCCCGGGUCUGGCUGGACCGGAUCGUUUGGUUAUGCUGGAGCAGGAGGAUCAUACGCGCCCGUAUCGGCAGCUGGACCACCGCCUUCACGGUUCCCAUCGAGAGCUAAUCGCAGGUCUGCCUAUGGCUCGUCUCUUGGACAACCAAUUCCCGAGGAAAGUGUUGAUGACGACGAAGCAUACGACCUGUCAUUGCUUAGAGGCGCAAGUCCAAUGGGCACGUCUACGCGAUAUGACCCGAUAAAAGAAGACGAAUAUGACGAAGUCUCCCCCGGUUUCGACGUGACUGCUGCACUGGGACCGAUGACCUCGCACGAUGAGGAUUUCAUGAAGAAACUUCAGGCGCAGGAAGCUAGUGGAAUGUUAACGGGAGGGCUGGGUCAAGGGUUUCACGCCGAUAUUCAGAUGCGCGAUGCGGAACUCCUGUCGGCAGCGCCUCCGACUGUUCAGCGUAGUAUUUCACGAUCCUUCUCACGGCGUAAAGAAUCUGGGCGAUUUGAGACAAUCCGGCAAAGAGGACAGGACGAAGCCAACCGGAAGGGCGAGGUUAUUGAAGUAAUAUUGGAAGAUGGACCGGGUGCCGACCUGAGCAGUAUGGAGGGACUCAGCACUGUCGCAUCAAAUGACUUUCGCCGAUCGACUUUCCCGACCAAAGAGAGCAAGACAGAAAUAUUCUACCCUCAACCCAACUGGAAGCCACCCACUAUGCGAUGGCCUUAUCUCACGUUAUUAAUCAUACUUUCGACUGGUUUAGGUAUUUCGCAGGAAUAUCUAUACCAGAGAUUCCACAAAGAGCCCAUCGUCAAAUUCAAAUCACCCAAGGAGCUAGACACAUGGUUCUAUUUUGCUGUCAAGUUCCUGCCGACUGUAGUUGCAGUCACGUUCGGCGUUUUCUGGCAGUUUACCGACUUCGAAGUUCGUCGAUUGGAGGCCUUUUACCAAUUGUCUAGACAACAAGGUGCUCUGGCCUCAAGGUCUAUCAACGCCGAUUAUGUCACAAGCUUCAGCUUUUGGCGCCCCUUCCGAGCAAUCAAGCUGGGUCACUAUGCGGUGGCUCUCUCGUCAUUUGCCUCGACAUUGGCCGUUUCCCUUGUGCCCACAUGCGCGGCUGCAUCCAUCAUACUGACACCAAAUCGCCAGGAUCGUAUAGACAAUCCCGGUGAAGACAAGGAGAUUAUUGUGGCAGCGGUCUGGUCUCGGCUCUUGACAGUGACUCUGUUUCUGUGCGCACUGAUGGGGUGCGGCCUGCUGUAUGUACUACAGACGCGACGCUCUGGCUUGCUUGCUGAUGUGAGAGGCAUUGCUGGCUUGGCAAGUAUGGCCGUUGUGAGCCAUGUCCUGAUGGACUUCAAGGAUAUGGAUACGGCCAAGCAUAAAGACAUCCACCUCAAGCUGAAGCGCCGAAGAUAUAUGCUGAGAAACUCUUCUCUGGCACCAUAUGAGGGCACCGCCGCGAAGGUACAGGCGGACAGCGAGCAAGAUGAUGGAACACAUCUCUCCGAGCAUCCUCACCCCCUGAUGUUGCGCCCGAUGGGCUGUAUACCUUUCAUCAUUGGCUUGAUUCUUUUCGUAGUACUGAUUCCCGUCAUCCUCUUUUCGCCUGCGCAGAUAAUCACAGACAAGGCUCCCUGGGUUGUAACUGCGUUGGCCGUCAUUCUUAAGCUGUGUUGGGGCGCCAUGGAGACAUCGGUGCGCAUGAUGGAGCCUUACUAUAUCCUUUCGAAGCGACAUGCGCACUCCAAGACUCUUACACUUGACUACACAGCACUGCCGUUUGCUUAUAUGCCCUUGCGAGCGCUCUUGAAUGGUCACUUUUUGGUUUUCCUGGUCGGAUUUGGCUCCGUCAUGGCCGAGUCUCUAACAAUCCUCGUUACCAGCCUGGCUACGGUGGACGGACAGGACUUUAUUGCCGUAGGAUAUGGCAUAAACAACUACGCCAAAGGGAAAUGGAGGGACAACAAAGACAAGGACAGUGAGCUACUCAACUCUGGGCAGGAAACGAUACGCUCUUUCUACAUCACCCUCGGAGCGACAUUGUUUAUUCUGAUCUACAUGUUUGUCGUUUCAAACAUUGUCUUUUUUCGACGAAGACACCCUUUCCUGCCGCGUCAGCCCAACACGAUUGCGUCAAUUCUUGCUUUUAUCCACCAGAGUAAGAUGCUGUACAACUUUGUGGGGACCUCGAAGCUCAAUAACACUGAGAUGGCGAAGAAGCUAGACGACGGCAAGACGUAUGGGUUGGGAUGGUUCACUGGAAGAGAUGGACAGACGCACUGCGGAGUGGAUCAAGAGGAAUUGACAAGCUCCUACAAGCAUGGCGUGGAUUAUACGACGAUGAACAACCCGUGGAACGCGCAAUGGGACGUGCUGUGA